AUGAAUCAAAAUUUUGGGUUUAAACUUUUUUUCCUUUUUUUCUUUUUUUAUUUUUUUUUUGGUAUAAAUUGUUCUCAACAACAACAAAAACAAGAACUUCAAAAUAAAAAUUAUAAUAAUAUUUUAAAUUAUUUAAAUGAAACUUUUAAUAAUAAUAAUAAUAAUAAUGAUAAAAGUAAUAUAAAUAAUAAUUUAAAUAAUAAUAAUAAUAUUAAAUUAUGGGUAUUUUUUAAUUCAAAAGAAAUAAUAAAAGUUAAUAAUAAUAAUCAUAAUGAUAUUAAAUUAAAAAUUGGUAUUAAUAAUGAAUCAAUAAAAAGAAGAUCAAAAUUAUUAAAAAAACAAAUUAUAGAUGAUACAGAUUUACCAGUUUCAGAAAAUUAUAUAAAUCAAAUUUUACAAUGUAAUAAUAAAAUUGUUAAACUUGGAUAUAAAUCGAAUUGGUUAAAUUCAAUUUCAAUUUCACUUUUAUUUGAUGAUACAGAUAAAGUUUCAUCAGCAUCCUCAUCUUUUUCACCAUUGUCUAGAAUUGAAAUUAUUGAAAAUAUUACAAAAUGUAUAGUUUUGAAACCAUUUGUUGAAAAGAUUGAUAUUGUUUCAAAAUUAAAAAAAGUUAAAGAAUCAGAGACAGUUACACCAACACCACCAUUGGAGAGUACUUCAGUUAAUGAAACAUUUUAUGGUAAAUCAGCAGAUGGUAUUAAACAGAUAUCAAUGGAUAAAUUGAUAGAGAUGGGAUUGGAUGGUAGUGGGGUUGUAAUAUUAAUAAUUGAUGAUGGAUUCUAUAAGGAUCAUCAGUGUUUUAAAAAAUUAAGGAUUCUUGGUGAACUAAAUUUGGAUCAACAAUCUCCCCAUAUGAAUGAUACACAAGAUAGACCAAUGAUGGAGGAAGACCAUGAUCAUGGUACUGCAACACUAUCAGUUUUAUCAUGCGAUAUGCCAGGUGUGAUGAUUGGUGGAGCACGUAAUGCAUCCUAUCUAUUGGCAAGAAUAACGAUAUUCGAUGAAAUCGAUAGUUACAUUGAAGAGGACCAAUGGGUAGUAGCAUUGGAAUGGGGUGAAAAAAUGGGUGCUGAUUUAGUUUCAUCAUCUCUUAGUUAUUUAUUAUCUUUCAAUUACAGCUUUGCCGGAUUGGAUGGUAAAACCUCUCACACAACAAUUGCAACCAAUUUGGCAAGUUCCAAAGGUGUACUUAUUGUAAAUAGUAUGGGUAAUAAUGAUUUUAGUAUAUAUGGUGCACCAAAUGAUGGUGAAAAUGUCAUAUCGGUAGGUGCUGUAGAUAGAAGGGGUAAUAUGGCAUACUUUUCAUCUAUUGGUCCAACUGCAGAUGGUAGAAUCAAACCUGAUACCCUAGCAUUGGGAAUUGAUAUCUAUGUAGCAUCCAUUAGUGGUCCUUCAAAUUUCACUCGUAUGAGCGGAACAUCAUUCUCUUGUCCAUUGGUCGCUUCUGCAAUUGCAUUACUAAUGCAAGCUAAACCCAAUUGGACUUCAACACAACUUCACGAGGCAGUUAUUGAUUCUUGCGAAUGGUCAAUUUAUCCACAUUAUUACAUGGGUUGGGGUAUUUUUAAUGUAUCGAAAGCAUUAUCAUAUAAACCAAUUCCAAUGAAUAAUACUUGUUUUAAUAAUUGUAAUUCAAGUGGUUUAUGUUGUAAAAUUUCAAAUAACAAUUUUAAUAAUAAUAAUAAUAGUUUAUCCACACAUUCAACAUCCUCAUCAUCAAUAUCUCAACAAAAUUAUUUUAAUUCAUGUAAUUGUGCAAAUGCAUAUUAUGGUAGAUAUUGUCAAUAUAAAAGGAUAGAAUGUGGUUAUCGUUGUAAAUAUGAUUUUCUAGGUGAAACAAAAUGUCAAAAAAAUAAUUUUAAUGAUAAAAUUUCAUUUAGGUGUAUAAAAUCAUCACAAUAUAAUAAUUCAAUUGUAAAUUUUGACCCAUAUAAAAUUCCAACCACUUGUAAAAUUAUUGGUGAUACUCGUCCUAAUCAAAAUAAAUUUAUUAAUGACGAUAAUGAUAAUGAUGAUAAUAAUAAUUCUUCAAAUAAUAACAAUAAUAAUAAUUUCAAUUUAUUUAAUAAUUAUUUAUUUAAAUUAUUUAUUUUAAUUUUAAUUUUAAUUUAA